AUGAAUUCUUUAUUUCAACCUCCAAACCCCGUCCCACUGAGGACAAGCUCUGCUGGUGCCACGAAUGGUCCAGGCAGCCCGCCGUCCCAACGACACAGGAAGUCUGUAGUUGAUGGGGACCGAGCCGAGGGACAGGCCACGAAGCACAGACACAAGCGCAAUAAGUCAAGCGUGGACGGCACAAAGUACAAGGAUGGAACGUGGUCAUCAAAAAAUGAAGAGAUCCUCAUAGGGCCCUAUGAAUACAUGCACCAGCAUCCGGGCAAGGAUGUGCGCCGCCAGCUGAUCGAGGCGUUCAAUUCCUGGCUUCAGGUUCCGCCAGAGAGCUUGGCGAUCAUCUCCAAAGUGGUGACCAUGUUGCAUACGGCGUCGUUACUAAUCGACGACGUUGAAGACAACUCCGUCCUCCGCCGCGGAAUCCCCGUCGCUCACAAUAUAUUCGGCACAGCCCAGACCAUCAACUCCGCCAACUACGUCUACUUUCUCGCGCUACAAGAGGUCCAGAAAUUGAACAACCCCGCCGCGAUCGACAUCUACGUGAAGGAGCUACUGAACCUCCACCGCGGCCAAGGCAUGGACCUCUUUUGGCGUGACACGCUCACCUGUCCAACCGAAGACGAGUACUUGGAGAUGGUGGGCAACAAGACGGGCGGACUCUUCCGACUAGCAGUGAAGCUGAUGCAAGCCGAGAGCGCAACGGGGAAAGACUGCGUGAGCCUGGUAAACGUGAUGGGCCUGAUCUUCCAGAUCUGCGACGAUUACCUCAACCUAUCCAGCACAGCAUACACCAAAAACAAGGGUCUGUGCGAGGACUUGACCGAGGGCAAGUUCUCUUUCCCGAUCAUCCAUAGCAUCUGCGCCAACCCGUCCAACCACCAGCUUCUCAGUAUUCUGAAGCAGAAGACCCAGGACGACGAGGUUAAGCGUCACGCUGUGCACUAUAUGCAGAGCACGGGCAGCUUUGAGUACACGCGCCGGACCGUGAUUGAGCUACGCGAUCGUGCCUUGACCUUGAUUGAGAUGAUCGACGCCACGCCCCGCAUCAACGGUGCCGGGGAUGGGCAAAUGGUGCGUGCGGUCUUGCAUAAGAUUGUGGAGACCACGCUAUCGGAUGAGGCCGCACAAUAG